CGGGCGGGACAGACGGACUUACGGCCACCCCAGGAAUGUGAUCUGUUCACAGCUGCGUCGACAUUUGUGUUUCAGCAAGAGGAGUCCGACUCUAACCGCGCCCUCAUUGGAGGCGAUGAGCGCGGUCGCCUGGGGUUCGUCGCCGGGGUGAUCCCGAGGGACCGUGUGCCGGGCUUCGAGCGCAUGCUGUGGAGGGUGUCCCGCGGCAACGUGUUCCUGCGCCAGGCGCCACUGGAGGAGCCCCUGGAGGACCCCGCCACGGGCCAGCCCAUCAACAAGACGGUGUUCGUCGCCUUCUACCAGGGCGAGAACCUCAAGUCGCGCCUGAAGAAGGUGUGCACCGGGUACCACGCCACCCUCUACACCUGCCCGUCCUCCGUCUCGGAGCGGGAGGGCGUGGUGCGGGAGCUGCGCAUCCGCCUGGAGGACCUCAACGUGGUGCUGUCCCAGACCAUGGACCACCGCCACCGCGUGGCCGUGUCCGUGGCUAAGGAGCUCAUGACGUGGAAGGUCAUGGUGAGGAAGAUGAAGGCCAUCUACCACACGCUCAACAUGUUCAACAUGGACGUGACCAACAAGUGCCUGAUCGGCGAGUGCUGGGUGCCCAAGGACGAGCUCCAGAACCUCCGCCGAGCCCUGGAGGACGGAGGGAAAGCCGUCGGCAGCACCAUGAACCCCAUCAUCAACAUCCUGAGCACGACGGAGAACCCGCCCACCUUCAUCCGGACCAACAAAUUCACGGAGGGCUUCCAGGUGCUGGUCGAUGCGUACGCGGUGGGCUCGUACCGCGAGGUGAACCCGGCCGCCUUCACCACCAUCACCUUCCCGUUCCUCUUCUCCGUCAUGUUCGGCGACCUGGGCCACGGCAUCAUCGUGUUCCUAUUCGCCGGCUGGAUGUGCCUCUUUGAGAAGAAGCUCAAGAAGAACAAGUGGGGGGAGAUCUGGGACAUUUUCUUCGGCGGUCGCUACAUCAUCCUGCUCAUGGGUAUCUUCUCCAUGUACUCCGGCCUCCUGUACAAUGACAUCUUCUCCCUCUCGCUCAACAUCUUCGGCUCGGGGUGGACGAUGAACAUCCCGAGCGCGAACCUUACGGGCAACUACAGCGAAGCCAAGCUGAUGCUAGACCCGGCCGAGGGCGGCUACAGGGGGAACCCCUACUACAUGGGGAUCGACCCUCUCUGGCAGUCCGCCGACAACAAGAUCAUCUUCCUCAACUCGUUCAAGAUGAAGCUGUCGAUCAUCAUCGCCGUCGUCCACAUGGUGUUCGGCAUCGCCCUCAGCAUAGUCAACUACGUGCACUUAAAGAAGAAGAUCAAUAUCCUUCUGGACUUCGUCCCCCAGAUCCUGUUCCUCGUCCUCCUCUUCGGCUACAUGGUCUUCAUGGUGGUGUACAAAUAUUUCGCUUUCGGUCCCUACUCCAAGAAAGAGAUAGCCGACGACCCGUCGCUCAAGCCGUGGGGCACGAAAUGCGCGCCCUCGGUGCUCAUCAGCUUCAUCAACAUGGUGCUGGUGAGCGCCAACGCCGAGGUGAAGGACUGCAACCAGUACAUGUUCCCGGGCCAGGAGCCGCUCCAGCGGGCCUUCCUGCUCAUCGCCGUCCUGAUGGUGCCCAUCCUGCUGCUGGCCAAGCCCAUGUACAUCAAGAUGACGACCAGGAAGCAGUCGACCCCGCACCAGGCCCUCAAGUCGGCCAGCAACGGCGGCGCGGCGGGCAACGGCAUCGAGAUGACCGGGUCGGGCGAGCAGGGCGGCCACGCCCAGGCGCACGCCGGCGGCGAGCACGGCGGCGACACCUUCAGCGACGUGAUGGUGCACCAGGCCAUCCACACCGUCGAGUACGUGCUCUCCACCGUGUCGCACACCGCGUCCUACCUCCGGCUGUGGGCCCUGUCGCUGGCGCACGCACAGCUCUCCGACGUCCUGUGGAACAUGGUGUUCCGUAGGGCCAUCAAGAUCGCCGGCAGCAUGGGUGGAAAAGGGUUGGCAUUCACCGGCGGCAACUUUGCCGGAGGUUUCGUCAUCUACGUGGUGUUCGCCCUGUGGGUCUGCUUCACCGUGGCCGUGCUUGUGCUCAUGGAGGGACUGUCCGCUUUCCUCCACACCCUGCGUCUGCACUGGGUGGAGUUUAUGAGCAAGUUCUACAUGGGAAGCGGAUAUCCUUUUGAACCCUUCACCUUCAAGCGUAUUCUCAACGAGCCCACCAGGGUAGAGUGAAUAAAAGAAAGGUUCAGUUUCAGUGUGUGGGCAGGAGACAAAGAGUUAAUAUGUAAAUACAGUAGGCAAUCGAGACUUUUUAAUUGCUUGUGUUGGCGUCAUAAAGAUAUCAGUAUAACAUGGAUUAAAACAGAAUUUGAUCCCAA